CGACGCGGUGGUGGCGCUGUGGAGACCGGGUCUAGACGCCAGGCGGCCGCCCGGCGCAAGGCGCUUUCUGGCUCCCUUCCCCAGUACACAGCCCGCCUCCUUCCGCGGUGCCUGCAGCCGCAGGCUCGCUCUGCCCUCCCGAGACUCGCUCCGGGAGACGCUGCGCGCGGGUCCUGGGCACAGGGGCCGCGGCCUGAGACCGUGAGGCCGAGGCGAGCCGCCAGCGGUAGCCGGCCUCCGGCGCGGUUCUCUCCCCGGCAGGCGCCCCAUGCGCGCUCGCUUCUCCCGGGCAGUCGCCGCCGCCGCUUCCCGGGACUGAGACGCCCGCUUCGUCGGCUCCCCGCCCGUGACCGAGGCUAGCACUCAGCCGGUCGUGCUCCAGGCAGUCGCCAGCGCCGAGUGGAAACAAAAUGUCAGUCAGCGUGCAUGAGAACCGCAAGUCCAGGGCCAGCAGCGGCUCCAUCAACAUCUACCUGUUUCACAAGUCCUCCUAUGCCGACAGCGUCCUCACCCACCUCAACCUUUUACGCCAGCAGCGUCUCUUCACCGACGUCCUCCUCCAUGCAGGGAAUAGGACCUUCCCCUGCCACCGGGCCGUGCUGGCCGCGUGCAGCCGCUACUUCGAAGCCAUGUUCAGCGGCGGCCUGAAAGAGAGCCAGGACAGCGAGGUGAACUUCGACAAUUCCAUUCACCCAGAAGUCCUGGAGCUUCUUCUCGACUACGCGUACUCCUCCCGGGUCAUCAUCAACGAGGAGAACGCAGAAUCGCUCCUGGAGGCUGGUGACAUGCUGGAGUUUGAGGACAUCCGGGAUGCCUGUGCCGAGUUCCUGGAGAAGAACUUGCACCCCACCAACUGCCUGGGCAUGCUGCUGCUGUCCGACGCACACCAGUGCACCAAGCUGUACGAGCUCUCCUGGAGAAUGUGUCUCAGCAACUUCCAGACCAUCCGGAAGAACGAAGACUUCCUCCAGCUGCCUCAGGACAUGGUCGUGCAGCUCCUGUCCAGUGAAGAGCUGGAGACAGAAGAUGAAAGGCUGGUGUACGAGUCUGCAAUUAACUGGAUCAGCUACGACCUGAAGAAGCGUUACUGCUACCUCCCAGAACUGCUGCAGACGGUGAGGCUGGCACUCCUGCCGGCCAUCUAUCUCAUGGAGAACGUGGCCAUGGAGGAGCUCAUCACCAAGCAGAGGAAAAGUAAGGAGAUCGUGGAAGAGGCCAUCAGGUGCAAGCUGAAGAUCCUGCAGAAUGAUGGCGUGGUCACCAGCCUCUGCGCCCGGCCUCGGAAAACCGGCCAUGCCCUCUUUCUCCUGGGGGGACAGACUUUCAUGUGUGACAAGCUGUAUCUGGUAGACCAGAAGGCCAAAGAAAUCAUUCCCAAGGCCGACAUUCCCAGCCCAAGAAAAGAGUUCAGCGCGUGUGCGAUUGGCUGCAAAGUAUACAUUACUGGGGGGCGAGGGUCUGAAAACGGAGUCUCAAAAGAUGUCUGGGUUUACGAUACCCUACACGAGGAGUGGUCCAAAGCCGCCCCCAUGCUGGUGGCCAGGUUUGGCCAUGGCUCUGCUGAACUAAAGCACUGCCUGUAUGUGGUCGGGGGGCACACGGCCGCUACGGGUUGUCUCCCAGCCUCCCCUUCGGUCUCCCUAAAGCAAGUAGAACAUUAUGACCCCACAACCAACAAAUGGACCAUGGUGGCCCCACUCCGCGAGGGCGUAAGCAACGCCGCCGUCGUGAGUGCCAAGCUCAAGUUGUUUGCUUUCGGGGGUACCAGUGUCAGUCAUGACAAGCUCCCCAAGGUUCAGUGUUACGAUCAAUGUGAAAACAGGUGGACAGUACCGGCCACCUGUCCCCAGCCCUGGCGCUACACAGCAGCAGCUGUGCUGGGGAACCAGAUUUUUAUUAUGGGAGGAGACACAGAGUUCUCUGCCUGCUCUGCUUAUAAAUUCAACAGUGAGACUUACCAGUGGACCAAGGUGGGAGACGUGACAGCCAAACGCAUGAGCUGCCACGCUGUGGCUUCCGGAAACAAACUCUACGUGGUUGGAGGCUACUUCGGCAUUCAGCGAUGCAAGACCCUGGACUGCUAUGAUCCGACAUUAGACGUGUGGAGCAGCAUCACCACCGUCCCGUACUCACUGAUCCCUACGGCGUUUGUCAGCACCUGGAAGCAUCUGCCUUCUUAGGUGAACGGCGUCCUGAAGGAAGUGAGUGUGAGCUCACUCCACGAGACAGCAUGAGAUUUCUGCUUUGGAGAGGAAGGCAAGUUUAAUGAAGAGGAAGAAAACAGAAAAGUUGCUACAAGACUUGAGUAAAAUCCACUGCACCUUGUAAAUGUUCUAACUGGACAUGAAGGAGGGGGGGGUGGGAGUUUCCAGUGCAAGCAGCACAUGGUUUAAAUAUGAAUGAAUGAACUGUGAUCUAGUCCUUGUCUUGUAAUUGUGGAUUAAUGUCAGCAUUAAUCAGCCCCUCAAAGGGAGAGAAAAGCUGGACCUUUUCCCUUGCUGUACCAUAUUCAGCGUUUGAUUUCCAUGGGCUCCGCCAUUUGUGUGUAAAAUUUGAAAUGGUUGUCGCCUCUCUCUGAGGAGCGAGCUUGAAGGCUGCACACCAGCUGCCGUCCGGGGGUCGGGGGGACACUGACUGAGCUGGCUGGAGGACGGGGACCACCGACUCCCUGUGCACCUCCAGGGACUGUGCACUCCCCAGCAAGGCUUCCGAACAAUGGGGCUGUUGUUGAGAGCCUUUUGGUAGAUGUUCUUGUCUAUUUAUAAAUGACUGUAAACUUUCCCUUAGCGUUAAGAAUGUGUUACAGAUCUAGCUAUUUAUUGUUUGAUGCCUGCAUGCUGAAGCGAUGCUUCACCGUGGUCCGCACGUACAGGGACCUGUGUGAAUGGUUGUAUGUUUUGCACAUUUUGUGGCUGUUGAGGUGUGCUUUGCCGCACAAAGAUGAGAACUUUUCAGUUACAAUUUGGAGUAUAACUGGAGG